AUGGGGCAGGCCCCACCCAUUGACCCCUCUUUUCUCCCCCCCCCCCCCCUCCAGAUCAACGUGGGCACCACCGUGACCAUGACGGGAAACGGGGGGGGUCGAGCCCCUCCCCCACCCCCCGCGGGCUCGGCCGAGGCCCCCCCGGGCCCCUCCCCCACCGCCUCCACCCCCAGCAGCCCCGGGGACGCCGCCCCCACCCCGGAGGGGCCCCCCCCUCCCCCUCCCCCCGGGCCGCCCCCCCCCCGCGUCAUCCGGAUCUCGCACCAGAGCGUGGAGCCCCUCGUGCUCAUGCACAUGAACAUCCCCGAGUCAGGGGCGCCGGGGGGAGGGGCCACGGGAGCCCCCCCCGGGCACGGCCUGGGAAUGGGUGCGUCUCCGCUGCAGCUGCCGCCGCUGCCCCCCGAGUUCCUGCAGGCCGUGGCCCAUCAGAUCACCCAGCAGGCGGUGGCCGCCGCUGCCUCCGCAGCCACAGGCCAGGCUGUGGGGGGGUUCCAGCCCCCCACCCGCGUCGUCAUCGCCCGCCCCACGGCGCCCCCCCCGCGCCCCACACAUCCUGGAGCCCCACAAGCGGCCGCCACCAACCCCGCCCCCGCGGGGGGGGCGUCGCUGGCACAGGUCAUCAGCGGCCUCGUGGGGCAGCUCCUGAUGCAGCCGCUGGUGCUGGCCCAAGGAGGCUCCCCCCCUCCCCCCCCUCCCCCCUCCUCCGGCCCCUCCCCCCCCUCGGGGGGGGCUCCGGGGGGCCCGGUCCCGACGGCCUCGGCCCCGCCCCCGCAGGCCCCGCCCCCCGCCGAGGAGCAGCCAAUGGCGGCGCUGCUGGGGGGGCUGCUGGGGGCGGGGCCGGCGCCCGUUGCCAUGGCGAUGGCGAGCCCCUCCCCCCCGGACGCUCCCCCCCCUCCCCCUCCCCGCUCCCCUUCCCCUCCCCCCUCCCCCUUGCAGCAGCGAGGCCCCUCCCCCCCAAGGGGGGCAGAAGCCCCGCCCCCCGGGGGGGGGGGAGGGGAGGCUCUGCCCCCCGAGUUCUUCACGUCGGUGGUGCAGGGGGUGCUGGCGGCCAUGUUGGGUCCCUUGGGGGCCCCUCCCCCCGGGCCCCCCGAAAGCAUCGGGGCCUUCCUGCAGCGCCUGAGCGGGGGGGGGCCCCUGGACGGAGGAGGGGGGGGCCCCGACGGGUUCCUGGGGGCGCUGCUGUCGCUCAUCACCCAGCACCUCUCCAUGGGUUCAAUGGGUCUCAAUGGGUGUCAAUGGGUGUCAAUGGGUUCAAUGGGUCUCUAUGGUUCUCAAUGGGUGUCAAUGGGUCUCAAUGGCUCUGCAGGGUUCCUGGGGGCGCUGCUGUCGCUCAUCACCCAGCACCUCUCCAUGGUGGACGUGGUCCUGCUCCUGCACGGGCGCUGCCACCCCCUGCAGCGCCUGCAGCCCCUCCUGCGCCGCUGCUUCCGGCAGCGCUUCCUGCGCGGCGCCCGGCCCAGCGACCGCAACGUGCGCGCUGCGACCCACAACCUCAUCAUGGGGCUGGAGGACUUCAUCCGGGAGAGCUUCGCUGGGGUGCACGUGGCCGAGGGGGUCGACAUCACCCGCACCAAUGUGGAGUUCCUGCAGGAGCAGUUCAACCGCAUCGCCCUGCACGUCCUGCGCUGCACCGACGGGACGUUCGGGCCGCGCCUGCUGGAGCUCUGUAACCGGGGCCUCCUCGAGUGCCUGGCGCUGAACCUGCUCUGCCUGCGCGGGGAGCGCGGGGCCCUGGCGGCGCUCAUCAGCGACCGCAUCCGCCGCCUCUCUGCCGACGUGGCCCCCGCGCUGGGGGGCUGGCUCACGGCCGUUGUGGGGCUGCGGCUCCAGGCGGUGCUGGAGCAGAUGCCCGUGACCCCCGAGCAGGUCCUGCCCUAUGUGAGGCGCGUCGGAGACCCCCCGGCCCCACGGCAGCCUCUCCCUGAGGAGCCAAUGGACGUGCAGGAGGCGGAGCCACCCCCGGAGGACGCUCAGAGAGAGGGCAGCGGCUCCCCCCCCCCGGGGACCACGGCCGAGGAGGUGCUGAGCCCCGAGAGCGAGCCCUGGGCAGCUGCAGUGCCCCCCGAGUGGGUCCCGAUCCUGCGCGAGGAUGCUCAGCGCCAGCGCAAGGCGAAGGCGCAGCCGCCCCUGAGCGAUGCCUACAUGAGCGGCAUGCCGGCCAAGCGCCGCAAGACCAUGCAGGCCGAGCCCCCCCCAUUGCUCCUGGCCGAAGCCGUGGGUCGCGCUGCCCGAGCCGCUGGGGCCCGGCCCCUGGGGCCCCCCGAGAGCCUGAGCCGGGAACUGAGCGAGGGGCCCCUGCAGGACGGGUACCGGGAGCAGCUCCAAGCCGACCUCCGGCGCCGCCUCCGCGACGACCCCGACUUCACCCCCCGGCGCUUCCCCAACGCCCACCGGGCCUUCAACGAGGAGCCCGCCCCUCCCCCCCCCGAGACCCCACCCCCCCAAUAAAGCUCCGGCCCCUCCCCCACUCCACCCCCCC